AUGGGCAACAGCGAAUCGACUUCCGACCUUUCUCUGAACAAAAGAACUUGUUCUCAAUCGCCAGUUCAAACCAGAAGCAGUAGUGUUAGGUUAUUUUUUUGAUUUAAUGAAAUUGAACCUUCCAAGUAGAAAAAAGAACAGAAAAUCCCCUUAAAACAGAUAAAUUUUUAGAAAAAAAGCCUUAACAUUCAUGAAAAAGUGUAAAGAUGAAAAAGAAAAAAAUUGAGAAUUUUUUUUCUAAUAUUGCAUGAUUCCUUGUUUGUACAUAAGACAUGAAAUCUCAAAUUUCAGACUUCUAAAAAUGACCAAUUUUUUUUCAAACAAGAAAAAAAAUUGCAAAAAAAUGAAAGAAAAUUUUGUUAAAAUAACAGUUUUUUUCAUUUUUCUAUCUAUGCAAAUGUAUCAGUCUGACUAUUUUUCCAGUUUUUCGCCAAAAAAUCAAUAAGUUUACAGAAGACUCGGGCCGAGUAAUUCAAGUGAACCCUUAAGAAGAUCUAGAACGACGCGACACAAGGACAAGUUGGUUUUAGAAUCGAUACAAUUAUUCUUGAAGCUAGAAAUCCAUAUGAGCUUCAUUCAACCUAGAUCAAUCAAAAAAAAAAACAGGAAUUUUUAUGAAAAUGAAAAAAAAAACAUUUUAGAAGCCUCCGACGGGCCGUUUGUCCGGUAACAGGCCUGACAUUGCACCAGAAAGCGUUGUUGGCUCGGAAAUGGAAUCGGAUGGAUCGAGGUUUGCAAAAAAAAAAAGUGAACGGUCAAAGAGAAUUCGAAAAAAAAUGUUGAAAAAAAUUGAAAAAAUAGGGACAGCGUCAAAUGCGCUCUAUUGCGAAUGCCGCCAAAAAAAUGAAUUUGAAUUUAUUUUUUUCAUUUUUUUGUAUUUAUUUUUUUCUCAUUUUCUACAUAAAAAUGAACAUAUUUUUCUCGUUAUCUGCUUGUUGUUCAAUUGGAAAAAAAGAUUUUUCGCUUGAGAAAAAAAUUAUUUUUUUAUAGGGAAAAAAAUGUAUAAAUAUUAGAAAAAAAGAUAAUUUUUCUGUCGAUUUUUUUGUUUGUUUCAAUUUUCGCUCAGUUUUUUUCUUUCUGUAUUUGAAAUAAAAUUAUUAUUGGGAACUUGAAAUUGAAACUAUGAGAAUUUUUAACCCGUAAUAUCAUUCAAAAAAAUUUUUCUCGGUGGGUAAUUUGAAGGCUCCAAACUCUUUCAAGAAUUGUAUUUAUAUUGAUAAUCGCUCUUUACUUUGUAACCUCCAUAAAACUCCUCUAUAAUUUUCUAAAUACCUCGGCAAGAAAGACAGAAUCCAGUUUAUCAGCUGGAAAACUUUCAAAGUUUCAAGAAGCUUUUGAAAGAAAUAUUUGAAAGACGUCAUUCAUCAAAGGGCAACCGCGUGUUUUGCAUUGUUUUUUGACUAGCUUCAUCUUUCGCUCUGUUGUUUUCAACGCCAAAAAUAAAAGGAAAAAUGAGUGGAAAGCCUCUUUUUCCAGGCACGAUUUACGAGAUGGGCCGACGGAUGUUCGAGCAGGUCUUUGCCGACAACCCGCAAUAUUUGGCGUAUAUCGAGUUGAAAAACGAGCCCAAUUGGUGGAACCACAUCAAUUUCAAGAUUCAUGUUCAGGUUCGUGUCGGGAAUCAUAAAAAUUCUAUUGAAACGGGUUAAAAAUUAGUCGUUUUUUGCUUGAAAUUACCUUCUCUUAAAAGGUUUCAAAGGAGGCCUUGAAAUAGCGAAAUAAAAAAUUGUUCUCCGCCUCGAUACUUUUAUAGAAUUAAGCGAUGCUUCUUUAAAUACGAUAGAAAAUAGAGAAAAUAGACAUGAAAAUGACAUUUCUGUUUCUCCGAACGAAGAAAAAAAAUUUCAUUUGCCAAAAAUUGAUUAAAAAAUUAAAACGAAAAAUCGUUUUAUUUCAAAUUCAGGUUUUCAAAAUGGAAUAUUCUUAUUUUUUUAUUUUUUUCAUGAAGUCCAAACUAUAGAAAAAAAGCGUUUUUUUCGAACUCCGAGAGACCUAAAGCGGUCACUUCGAACUUUUUGUCAAGCUCUCUCAAGUGAUCACUCAGAAUUACGGCUGCUUGCUUCACUUGAUUGGUCACUUCCUGAAAGAAUGAGAUGACUUUCUUUUGAAAAACCCUAAAGAGGCCACUUUUAGAAUGCAGAUCCCAAGGUUCAUUUCAAGUCCCCUUAAGCGUUCACUCAAAGUUAAGAGUGAAAUGGUCACUUAAAAAAAAGAUAAAGUACUCUAAAAAGGUCACUUUGAAUGCAGAGGUUCUUCAAAGCUUCAGGGUUAAUUUUUAGGCUCUCUUAACACUCGGAAUUGAUUGGAAAUUCCACUUAAGUGGUCACUUACUGCAGAAAUAGUUAUAAUCUUCUUAAUAAGUUCCCUGGAGGGACCGCUUAGAUUGCAGAGCUCCUGCAAAGGGUCAAUUUUCAGAUCUCUUAAGUGAUCACUCGGAAUCUCUUGCAAACUUCACUUUAGUGGCCAUUUCCAAUUAAAUGUGAUCCUUUUCUUCAAGAGUACCCUAAAGGGGCCGCUUAGAAUUCAGAGCCCUUUUCUGGUUCCAAUUUCAAGAUCUCUUAAGUGAUCACUCUAAACUGCUAACAAAUUUCACUGAAGACGUCACUUCCUAUAAAAUGUGAAACUCUUCUUCUAGAAUACCCUAAAGGGGCCUCUUCAAAGUGAUUUCUUCCAAAUUUCACUGAAGUGGCUUCUUCUUUCGUUACCUCUUAAGGGAUCCCUUCAUUUUUUCUUCAUUCUGGUUUUUGUUCUUCUCCAUCCAAACUUCAUUAUUCACAAAUAUUCUUCAAAUAACAAAAAGUCCAGUUUUUUUCGGAAAAAAUCCGAAAAUAGAAAGAGAAUUUGGCAACCCUCCAGCGGAUUCCCCUCGGCCCAAUAAAGGGUCGAACUUCCCUGUGAGUAACACGAAAAAGAACAUUUUCCCGUUGCACUUCCUCCUUUUAAUCGCUUUUUGGUGUUGCCAUUUGAGGCAAAGGGAGAGGUUUCGGUUGUAAAUUCGAAGAUUGAUGACUUGGCAUCGGAGUUAUCUUGAUAAACUUGGAGGGAAAGCCGGUUUUCAAGGGGGUUUUUGGAGUUUUUGGGUGGAAAUUGAAACGAGAAAUCGAAAAUUAAGCUAUUUUUCUAUAAUUUUCAUUAUACCCAAGUUGUUUAUAGUUGAAAAAAAACGUCUUUUUUGCAACAUUUCCACAGUUUCCGACUUCGAAUCGGAAGAAAAAAGGUUAAAAUCAAGCUUUUUCAGAUCUGGGUUCAUGUAGAAACGGAAAAAUCAAAAAAUUAUCUUUUUUUUUGUACUUUUAUUUUUGAAAAAGCUGUUGUAAGUUGAGAAAAACGUCUUUUUUCACACAUUUUCGGAAGUUUUUCGGGUUUAAAUUCAAAGGAAAAAGAUUAAAAUCAAGCUUUUUUCAGGUCUGGGUUCAUAGAAACGGAAAAAUCUAAAUAUUUUUCUGUACUUUUAUUUUUGAGUAAGCUGUAGUUAGUUAAGAAAUGAGCCUUGUUUAGAAUAUUUUGGGUUUUUGGGGAAAAGAAAAAUCGGAAAUUAAGCUUUGGUCUAUAUUUCAUUUGAAGUUGAAAAAAAAACGUUUCUUUCAUCUUUUUUUAAUAAUUUCCUAAGUUUCAGUUUGAAAGUUUUUUUCUAGAUCUUUUCCCUUUUUCAAAAAACCGAACUGAAGUUGAAAAACCAUGUCAAACUGUUCAACAGAAUACUUUUCUGCCAAGAAAAACUCUAGUGGCCACUUAAGAGGCUCCACACGGGCAAAUUGGUGAGGACACUAACGUGGCCACUAAAACCACCUCUAUAGUGACCACUUUUUUUCCGUUUUAGGGGCCACUUCAGUAGGUUUUCAUCCACUGUUCCUUCCAGUAACUCUGAUAACCUUGAAACAAGCAGAUUGGACCAGUUAUGUUGAUCCAUCGACCCCUAAAGUGGCCACUAAUUUUUAAUCCCUUAAGUGGCCACUAAUUUGGCUACUAUAAUGGCCACCAAAACUUCAAAACCCUAUAGUGGCCACUAAAUACUUUGCCAGAGUUGGAAACUGAGAAGUGAAGAAAUUUUUUAAAUGUUCAAUUUUCCCAAUUUUCUUUAAAAAAGUUCAGUUUUUCCUCAAUUUUUAAUCAAAAAACGUUCUGAAUCUGUUUCUCAUGUAGUUAAAACCCCGAUAAUUCUUCUUCAUAGCCUAUUCUAACAUCAUUUCAUCAAUUUCUAGAGAUUCGUGACGGUUUUAAUCGAGACGAUGCGACGAUUAAAAGAGCCUUCCUCUUCGAUCGACAUCCUCCGAGAUUUUGGCGCGAUUUACGCAAAGUUUCCUUUCUUGUCAACUCCAAAUAACUGCCCGCACUUUAAAGAUACCCCAAAAGAGUGUCGGCGCUCUACUUUGAACGUCUUGCGAACGCUCUGAACGAAGCGGCUGGUCAACUCCAAGAAGGAGACCAUUUAGAAGUUGAGGUGGGGUUACAAUAGCUUCAUUUAAGCUGUGUGAAUUAUUCAGAAGACGCAGAGUCGUAUGGAAGACGCGUCGGAUGGGUCUUCCGGCGAUGACAAAAAUCUUGAUAAUACGGUAAGGGUACUGUAGAACCCUAGAAGGGGAGGGGUCAAAAAAAGCUUUUUUUUUUCUGGAUUUCAGAGAGAUUAUUGAAGUUUUAUGUUGAAAUUACUGAGUAAUGGAACGCCAGAGUGGUCCCUAUGGGGCUUAGGGAGAAGAGGAGACCAAAAAGUGGUCCCUAUAGGGGUGAAGCUUAGGUGUUUCGCAUAGAAAUGCUUCGUUCAAAACAAAGAAUGGCAUGCUUCCCUAUAGGGGCCACUUAAGUUUGCAGAAGGGGUCCCUAGAGAGAAGAACCUUCAGGGAUCCUUCGUAUUACCCCUAUAGGGACCACUCUAGGGUUCUUGAGAAUGGGUGAAUUUUUAAAUUUUGGAAUUUUUCCAGAGAAUUUCAUCACGAUUUUUCUGUUUCAUUACAAAAAAAAACUCAACUUUUAACCUCGGAAAAAGCUCCAGAAAAAGCCCAUGAAUUUUUCAUCGGAAUGCGCUUUCCCGAAAAUUGAAUAAUCUCAAAAAGGGCACGUUUUUGGGAAAUUCUGACGCAGUGACGGAGAAAAAAUUGGAUAUUCAUAGUCUUUUUGAAACUUUACAUAUGGGGAAAAGGUACCUAGGGCACAUUCAGUUGAGAAAAAACAGGCGCUUGAAAAAUUUAAAAAAAAUCUGUCUCACUUUUCGGACCUUGGUAACGCGAACGGUACGCAGGGGCAUUGCUAGUGACCACUUUAGUAGCCUCAGCACUCUUAAGUGAUCCCUAGAAUCGCCCAGAAACGUCCGGAACAAUGUCAGAACCCUUAAAUGAUCCCUAGAAUUGCCCAGAAACGUCCGGAGCAAUGGCAGAACUCUUAAGUGGUCCCUUGAAACGUCCGGUGCAAUGUCAGAACCCUUAAGUGAUCCCUAGAAUCGUCCAGAAACAUCCGAAGCAAUGUCAGAAUCCUUUAAUGAUCCCUAGAAUCGCCCAGAAACGUCCGGAACAAUGUCAGAACCCUUAAGUGAUCCCUAGAAUUGCCCAGAAACGUCCGGAGCAAUGUCAGAACUCUUAAGUGGUCCCUUGAUACGUCCGGUGCAAUGUCAGAACCCUUAAGUGAUCCCUAGAAUCGUCCAGAAACAUCCGAAGCAAUGUCAGAAUCCUUUAAUGAUCCCUAGAAUCGCCCAGAAACGUCCGGAACAAUGUCAGAACCCUUAAAUGAUCCCUAGAAUUGCCCAGAAACGUCCGGAGCAAUGGCAGAACUCUUAAGUGGUCCCUUGAAACGUCCGGUGCAAUGUCAGAACCCUUAAGUGAUCCCUAGAAUCGUCCAGAAACAUCCGAAGCAAUGUCAGAAUCCUUUAAUGAUCCCUAGAAUCGCCCAGAAACGUCCGGAACAAUGUCAGAACCCUUAAAGUGAUCCCUAGAAUUGCCCAGAAACGUCCGGAGCAAUGUCAGAACUCUUAAGUGGUCCCUUGAAACGUCCGGUGCAAUGUCAGAACCCUUAAGUGAUCCCUAGAAUCGUCCAGAAACAUCCGAAGCAAUGUCAGAAUCCUUUAAUGAUCCCUAGAAUCGCCCAGAAACGUCCGGAACAAUGUCAGAACCCUUAAAUGAUCCCUAGAAUUGCCCAGAAACGUCCGGAGCAAUGGCAGAACUCUUAAGUGGUCCCUUGAAACGUCCGGUGCAAUGUCAGAACCCUUAAGUGAUCCCUAGAAUCGUCCAGAAACAUCCGAAGCAAUGUCAGAAUCCUUUAAUGAUCCCUAGAAUCGCCCAGAAACGUCCGGAACAAUGUCAGAACCCUUAAAUGAUCCCUAGAAUUGCCCAGAAACGUCCGGAGCAAUGGCAGAACUCUUAAGUGGUCCCUUGAAACGUCCGGUGCAAUGUCAGAACCCUUAAGUGAUCCCUAGAAUCGUCCAGAAACAUCCGAAGCAAUGUCAGAAUCCUUUAAUGAUCCCUAGAAUCGCCCAGAAACGUCCGGAACAAUGUCAGAACCCUUAAAGUGAUCCCUAGAAUUGCCCAGAAACGUCCGGAGCAAUGUCAGAACUCUUAAGUGGUCCCUUGAUACGUCCGGUGCAAUGUCAGAACCCUUAAGUGAUCCCUAGAAUCGUCCAGAAACAUCCGAAGCAAUGUCAGAAUCCUUUAAUGAUCCCUAGAAUCGCCCAGAAACGUCCGGAACAAUGUCAGAACCCUUAAAUGAUCCCUAGAAUUGCCCAGAAACGUCCGGAGCAAUGGCAGAACUCUUAAGUGGUCCCUUGAAACGUCCGGUGCAAUGUCAGAACCCUUAAGUGAUCCCUAGAAUCGUCCAGAAACAUCCGAAGCAAUGUCAGAAUCCUUUAAUGAUCCCUAGAAUCGCCCAGAAACGUCCGGAACAAUGUCAGAACCCUUAAGUGAUCCCUAGAAUCGCACAGGAACGUCCGGAACGUUUCGCGAUAGCAAUGUCCGAGAAAGCAUUCUAAUUAUCACUGGAGCGCAGAAGCCCUUAAUGGCUUUUUCUGAGGUAAACUUCUUCUUUUUGUAGUCAGCCCAGUGCACCUCGUGCACGUCGAGCUCGCUGGCGACGCCGCAAAGUCGGCGACGAGUCGCGCGACCCCUUCAGUCGCGCUUCUCCGAGUCGCAGAUGCAGUCGCUCAAGGAAGAGUCCUACUGUUCCUCGUGUACCAACAGUCGUCGUGGUUCAGGUUGAAACGACUGAUUUUUAGAAGAAAAAGGAAGAUUUUCAGAAGAUCCCCACACAAAAUCCCUCUGCCCCAUCACCAACGAAGCCUGGCUCGUUUUGUCGGCUUUUUUGGCGAAUCAGGUGAGGAAAGGGGAAAUUUCCAGUGGCCUCUAUAGGGUUUUGGGGUUUUUUAGGGUCCUUAGGUUUCAGUAGUCGAAAUAGAGGCCACUAAAUGGGUGAAGGGGCCACAGAAUUUCAAUUAGUGCUACUAGACCUCUAAAACUACUAUAGUGGCCACUAAGAAGGGCAAAGUAAUGCUUUGAGGUGGCUCUUAGGGAUUCCAGAGUAGUCCCUAUAGGGGUGAGGGGGAAAUGUGGUUUCUAUAAGGGAAAAACUAAGGUAGUCCCGAUAGAUGUUUAGGGUCUGACUCAUUAGCCCCUAAAGCUCAAGUACACCCUAUAGGGGUCUCUCAAUUUCACAUUGGAGGGGGCCUAAGGUUCUCCCUAUAGGGACCACUCUGGAGAUCCUAAGCCACUCCAAUUAGUCCUUGAGGAACCUCUUAAGGGGCCACUAGAGGUGUUUGGAGCGAAAAAUUGAUACAUAAAUAAUGUUUUUAUUUAGUGGCCACUAGUGAUCUGUUAGUACCAUUUAGACUCCUUAAGAGGACACUAAGCUCUAGUCACUUAAGGGGCCACUAAUUAGACUACUCUAAAGAAGAAACUAAGCUCUAGUCACUUAACAGACCACUAAUUCGACUACUUUAAAGAGGACACUAAGCUCUAGUCACUUAAGGGGCAGCUACUUAGACUACUCACUAAACGUCAAAACCCUAAAGUGGCCAUUGAAACCCCUCUCACUAGUCAGUCAAGGUCAAAAUGUGAAGUUUGUAGUAUUUAUAAGUCUUCCUGAAGUUCGUUCAAUAAUCAUGAUUCCAGAUCAAGUUCGGGUACGAGCUCGAGAAGCUUCUUCUCUCGGAGAUGAACAAACUCGGCCUGGACUCGAUGUCGACGGCGGGCGUCCGGGCGGAACUCGUCGGCGCCGCCUUGGUCGACGACGCCCGUCAAGCCCAUUUCGACGUCCAGCCCCCCACUCAAAUCGUCUAG